AUGAAUGAACAGCGGUCCAAAUUUUAUUUGUCCCACCAUUUCACCUUGUAUUCACAGACCAAAGAGUAUGGCAUAUCAGACUCCACAUGUGUUGUUGCAGCAACUCUUGAAAAUGGAGCAGGAGAGCCUAGUUUGAAAGAUGUGGGAAGAAUAGGCUGCUCCUUGCUGCUCCAAAAGCAACUUCAUCAUGUUGAGAGUUUCUUCCUCCUUAGAGAUGUGGGAAGAAUAGGCUGCUCCUUGCUCGUCCUCCAUGUCCCAGGAUUGAGCUACUCGGUUAGCGACGGCACCCGAACGCCAAUUACUUAA